AUGUCAAGCACAACCGCUACCGCUGCAACAACCACAGCUGCACCAAAGCGUGCAAGAGGUCCAGGACCAAUCGGCAAGGCCUACUUGUUCUUGUACAAUAUUGUACUCUGUCUUGGCUGGGGAUAUGUUCUCUACUUGGUCGGAAUGCACCACGUUGAAGGAAAGAAGAAUGUUGAUUUAUAUGAUACUAUCGAACGUCCUUUGCAAUUUUUCCAAUCAUUGGCCUUGUUAGAAAUUCUUCACUCUAUUCUCGGAUUGGUCAGUUCUCCAAUCAUGACAACUCUUAUGCAAGUUUUCUCUCGUAUUUUUGUUGUCUGGGUUUCCCUCUAUCUUGAACACAGUGUUAAAUAUACUGAAUUUGAAGCUCUCUUCAUCACUACUCUCUUGAUUGCUUGGUGUGUUACUGAAGUUAUUCGUUACAGUUUCUAUGCUUUCAAGCUUUAUGAUAUCUGUCCUCACUUUAUUGUGUGGUUGCGUUAUACUACUUUCAUUGUCUUGUAUCCAUUGGGUGUUUCAAGUGAAUUGGCUUUGACUUACUUUAGAUUGAAUUAUUUGAAGGAACAUCGUCCAAUGAGUUUGACCAUGCCAAAUGCUUACAAUAUGUCAUUUGAUUCUUACAUUUUUGUCUGGAUUGUCAUGUUCUCAUACUUGCCAGGUUUCCCUCAAUUGUACAUGUACAUGUUUGCCCAACGUAAGAAGGUUUUGGCUCCACCAAAAGAUAAAUCUCAAUAAAUUAUUUAAUAACUUUUUUAUU